GUUUCUCUCAGGAUUAGUGUAGCCAGCAGUUCUCUUCUUGAACUGCAUUCAUUCAAAGCACCCGGUGUGUUCCUGUAGCAAUGGGGGAUAUACGAGUGUUUCCUUUGUCGUGUGCGGUGCAAAAGUAUGCCUGGGGGAAGGUGGGGUUGGACAGCGAGGUCGCCAAACUGGUUGCUGGAGAUGAUCCCCAGGCCAUUAUCGAGCAGGACCAGCACUACGCCGAGCUGUGGAUGGGUACGCACCCUAAAGGCGAUGCUGUCAUCAAGGACAACAGAAUACCCCAGAGGACACUGGGACAGUGGAUCGCAGAGCAUCCUGUCUGUUUAGGGUCAAAGGUCAAGGCCACCUUCCAUGGACAGCUGCCCUUCCUCUUCAAGGUCCUAUCCGUCAACACUGCACUCUCCAUCCAGGCCCACCCCAACAAAGAGUUGGCUGUGCAGCUGCAUGCCCAGUUUCCCGAGCACUACCCCGACAACAACCACAAGCCAGAGAUGGCCAUAGCACUGACACGGUUUGAGGGGCUCUGCGGAUUUAGACCAGUCGAAGAAAUUAUAACUUUUCUAAACACCGUCCCUGAGUUCCACGCGCUAGUAGGUAACGAGGCGUCUGACGAGCUGCAGGGGGCAGCGGGAGACCUGAGGAGGGUGGCCCAGGUCCUCAAGAUGUGCUUCACGCGCAUGAUGAACUGCGAGAAGAAGGUGUUGGUGGAUCAACACAACAUGCUGGUCAAGAGAGUGACCGAGGACGAGGAGGCAGGCAGAGACACAUCUGGAUGCCAGGGGAAGCUCUUGCUCCGGCUGAACUCCCAGUACCCAGGAGACAUCGGCUGCUUCUCCAUCUACUUCCUCAACCACAUGAUCCUGCAGCCAGGCCAGGCCAUGUUCCUGGGGGCCAGCGAGCCUCACGCCUACUUGAGUGGGGACUGCAUCGAGUGCAUGGCCUGUUCGGAUAACACCGUGCGGGCUGGCUUGACCCCUAAGUACAUCGACGUCAACACCCUUUGCGAGAUGUUGAACUACACGCCGAGUCCACCGAGUGCUAAGAUUUUCCCCUGCACACAGGACAGCUCCGACCCCCACACCUUCAUCUACGACCCCCCCGUGCCCGACUUUGCUGUUAUGAGGAUCGAGGUCCCAGCCAAUGUGAAGGAGCACACCAUUCAGCCUGUGGACAGCGCUGGAAUCCUAUUGGUGAUCAGCGGGGAAGCGACCGCCUCCACUCCCUCCUGCCCCUCUGACUGGACACUCAGAAGAGGCUCUGUGAUCUUUAUCUCAGCCAAUGAGAGUGUAAGGCUGCAUGUGACUUCCACGUGUGGAAUGACGAUGUAUCGCGCAUGCUGUCUUUUAUAAUGAACUUUAACCCCAAUCGCUGCAUCGUGCUGUUACCUUUGUAAUGUAUUGAGCUUGUUUAUUGUCAUGUGUUUGUUUGUAGGGACAGCUAUGCAGGGGAAAGCCAACGUAAAGGGCAUUUACGCACCUUUUUAAAAUAACAAAAAACGAGUUUACUGGCCUUUUUUGUGACCCCCUAACAUAAACUGUAUGCAUUUACAGUUUUUAAGACAUAUGGUAUGCCCACUUUAUUUUUUACCACUGCACUACUAUGUAUACUGUAGGUCUUCAUGAACUGUGUUCUGACUAAAUAAUGUAAUAUUGUAUAAAUAUAACAAUAAACAGAACAAAACAAUGCAAUUGUGUGGUUUGCUCCUGCUGGCUGAUUCUUCAAAUCAACUCCUACAAUUUCUAGAAAUUAAACUGUGGUGUAGUCGGAACUGAUUGUAACACCUUGUUUUCACCUGUGACCAUUCCCUCUGAUUUUUUUCACUCUGUUUCUCAACUUUCACUAAACUAAAAUACCUCUUUGGUUGUUCUUUUUUUUAAGUAUUUUUGGGGUCUUUUUUGGCCUUUAUUAUUACUGGACAGUGUGAGAGUAGACAGGAAAUGAUUGGGAGAGAGAGAUGGGGCAGGGCCGGGAAAUCACCCCGGCCGGACUCGAACCGGGGUCCCUGUGGGCAAUGUAAGCCCAAAUAUGGGGGGCUUAGGGCGCUGCGCCACAGCUCCCGCCUCUUUGGUUGUUCUUGUAGUAGAAACAGGCUGUAAAUAAGGAGGAAAGUGAUUGCUAUGGGUGGGAUGGGGAAGUUAUUUCAAUUCAGCUCAGUUAUUAAUGUAAUUUAUUAUGCAUCAUCAGGCAUGCUCAUAUUAAAAGUGUUGAUAAUGCUUCUUUAAAGCUGCCUGAUUCUCCUUCAGUCAGCCAGGCAUCAACAUUUUGCCAGGUCUGUGUAUUAUGCAUACAUGGAUGGUUUAUUACAGUACAGCAACAAACCACAAUACAAAAACUUCAAUAACAGGAAAUGGCCAUCUUUACUAAAAUAAUCUUCAGAUAUACAUAAUAAAAUAUGUUACAUUUCAGUACAAUACUUCUUAAUAAAAUUAGCUUACAGCAACAGCAAUUUUUUCAGAAAUUCUGUACAGUAUAACAUUAGGGAAUUAUAACCUCAUGUACGGUCACAACAGGCUGGAAUAAAUUGUACAUGCCAAACCUUGCCUACCAAACCAUUAGAAUUACCCGACCCAAAAUGGAAUUCAUUUAGCUUUUUAGAUUAUUUUUUUCAGUCCACUCAUCAUGAUAGAAAUAACCAUAACAUUUGUGCGCAUCAGCAUUUUUGUUCAAAAAUGUACUUCUUAAGGCAUUGUUAAUACAAUGUU